AUGGCAGAUAACAACUACUUUCCUCCCACGCCUCCCGAUCCGAACGAUGAGAUAGAUCAGCCUUGGCUAGAUCCUGGCCUGAUAGAUCCUAAUUUGCUUGAUCUCAACCAGUCCAAUUCGCCAUCAGCUUCCCGCAAGAUCCCUCAAUCAUCUCAGCCACCCAUCGUUCCGACCCACGAUCCGACCUUGGCCCCAGCCAUCAACCCCAUCACUGAUGAACCCAUCUUCAAAUCCCCCACUGUUCCUCCUCAGAACCAACCUGCUCGUACUUUGGGUUUUCCAGUUCCUACUCCUGCAUAUCCCGAUGGAUAUCCACCCCUUGAUCCUAGGUUCCCAAUUUUUAACACAAGCUUCCCUCCUCCUGUAUUCUCGAAUCCUUCUCCCGCUCCUUCGGGUCCCUCUCCCUCUCCCUCGCCCUACCUCAAACCCGCCGAUGUUUUGAAUCAAGCCCCUUCCAUAAGUCCGGCGGCUCCUGAUUCAGAUACUACCAAGGGCAAGAAGAGAGGUCGAGCACCAUCACCCACUGCUGAUAAGCCCCGUCGUACACGGCGGAAAACUGCAAAGUCUGCUGCUGCUGAAGACGAUGGCAACCAAGUCGACAGCCCGGCCUCGAACGACAACACGCCAGUUUCCAAGAGAACCAGAAGCCGUGCAAAAACUAGUGCCAAGAGCAAAGCGAGCAGCAGUGGAACCAACACUUCCACAUCUACGAGGCCUGCGAGGGGCCCCGACAAAGCCUCAAAGAAUUAUUACAUCAGGCCCUCACGGCUUGCCAUGCCCAACAAUGAAGGCACUGCCCCUCCGCUAGUUCUGAAGACGACAAACCGUAAGGAUAAGAAAAAAGGCAAGGACGAGAACGCCGACAUGGCCAAAGACAAGCAGACUUCCGUAAGCACUCGAGGUGACCACGAUAUCGCAAAAGGGGGCAUAUGUGACUUCUGCGCCAAUCAUCCCAUCGGCAAGACGAUGUUCAUCGCGAACCCAGUAUGCGACUGGGAGCAAAUCCCAAGUAUGGGCCCGGAUGUUUUCAACAGAGAGUGCGGCAACUGCGCAGAUUAUCGUUCUCGAAACCGACAGCCCGGAGAUGUUGCUACCGACAACGAUCAUAUGUGUCGCGUCCCAGGCGUCAAGUCCGCUCUGGUCGAUUUCAAAUACAAGCAAUACGGCGAUACUGAUCCCCCAACCUUCGCAGAGCCUGCAUGCGACCGUUGCUCGAACAACGGAGCGUCAGAGACUUGCGACGUAGACGCCAUGCUCGGCUACGUUUGUUCUCACUGUCGGCGCGACCAGCGUUGCUGUGUUGAUGACAGUCUUAUUCCCAUGCAACGGCCCAAAAAGAUGACUAUUUCAGCAUGGUAUCGGCACGCGUGUGACCGAUGCCUUGCACGCCAUCUACAAUUCAAGACGAUGAAAGGAGACGAGUGCUGUAACUGGCUCACCAACAGGCGACUGUGGGGGGAUACGCAGAAACAGGGCUGCACAAGAUGCCUCCAAGACGGUGCGCCGUGUAUGGACGACAAAAGCAACAUCAUCGCACUACCUUCGCAUGAGCCUCCCCCAACAACUUGGUGUAUACGCGACAAGUUCGAGGUGGACGAGAACAAGAAAUUGAAAAACCGAAAAAUCAAAUGGUACGAGUACGUGGAAGCCACCACCGGUACCAUAUGGCGUAAGAAGUGUACAGGUUGCCAAUGGGCUGGAGCAUCAGUCGAGUGCCUAGUUAUGUGGCAUCAGUCGGGUUACGCGUGUGAGCGCUGCACACAAUUCGGUGUCGACUGUACCACAUAUGACGUCCAAAAUGAUGCAUGGACAAGAUAUCCAAUCUACGACUUGAGCAGAGUUGGUUUCGGCCAGUAUACUCCGUACGUAGUCUGCAAAUCGUGUAAAGACAACGGACGCAAUUGUGAUCGAAUGAGGCCGUGCGAUUCUUGCACAAGCACCGGUUCCGCAUGCGAUGGUUUAAAGAAGGAUAAUGCACAUGGAUGCAUCUCCCGGUUCAAGAUCGCUGAGCAUGGGACAGGCCAACAGGCUCCGCCCCCUGGUCCGCUGUAUUAUCUGGCCUUGGGCUACGGCCCAGGAGGCGUCAACGAUAUCAAAGAUGGACGAAGUGUCGAGCAUUGGAUUGGCCCUGUUGCUCCCGUAUACGGCAUUAAUACUCUUAAAGAUGGCGCGGCUCAUUAUCGAGCUGUCGCCGACUUGCAUCGAGGCCAUCGGCCACCAAGCAACGUGCUUCCCCCAGGCAUCACCGCCCCCUUGAGCACAGCUGAGGGCACGCCAGGCGUGUUCAAAGACGUGCAGUCCAGGGAACUGACGGUCGAACAGUUGGCAGCGCUCAUCCUUCAUUUCUGGCCAGGCUACCAAGUUCCGGUGGGAGAUGGUCAGGCAUAUCGGACGGUUUGGAAUUCGCUCUGCGAUGCCCAGAAUACGAAGAUGGCAGAGGCUGGAAUAGAUGCGUCUAUGGCGCCAGCAAUGCCACGUACCUUUGAAGGAAACCCAGUGCUCUCUGACCUAGAAGCACUCCACAGUGGGUUGCUGGGUCUUCCUGCAAGACAAAACGCGGCCCCUCAAGCUCCAGCUCAGCCACCAACCCCAGGCUUCCUUAUACAAGCACCUGGUGUCACAUCUGGAUUGUAUAUGGACGAUUUAUAUGAUGGUGGUUUUAUUCUUCCUGAUCCCAUCCAGCAGCCAGUGGUCAAUGGGCCACAGCAGGAAGAAAACUCAUACGCUGCUGUUGAUAACUUGAUCGCCUCAGGAUUAUUCGGAUAUCAACAAGGUGGUGAUGAUCAGCAGGCUCAACAGGCCCAACAGGCUCAACCCCCAGCGGAAUCGGGCCCAAACAUUGAUAUCACCACGAUGAAUCAAGACUCUCUAAGAAGGAUGCUCGGCCUUGAUGAGGAUAAACCUCGUGGCCGCUUCAUGGCGAACCACAAUUACGCCGGAAUAUUCAAGGCUCACAGCCGACGGAAAGCUUUCGCAAACCGAGGCCCCAAAGACACAAACACGAAGGAUAAGAGCUUCAACCCCUUCCUGGGCUUCGUUUUGGGUGAGAAUCAGAAGCCGCGCCUCAAAACAAAGGAGAAAAGCUCACGAUGGAAAGCUUUCAACCCUCUUGAGGGCUUCGAUAUGGAGAAGUGGCACAGGUCAAGUAACCAGCCCGAUGAAAGAUCAUCUGAACCACGCCUCUUUUCUGUUGUCAACGGCCAGUGGAAGCAACCCGCGCCUCAGGCGAAUGUCUUGGACGAUAUCCCUUACCAGCAAAAAGGCGGGAAAUCACAACAACGUUGCGCCGAGCCAGGAAACGGUGGGAUCGGUCGCUGUGGCUCUCGGAACGUCAAUGGGCAAGAUCAAGCGGAUUGCCAAAGUCUUGCACAUCGCAACACAAUGCCUGGCUACUUUCCGAUAUGCGAUAAUUGCGUCCAGGGUAACGUCAAAGACAUGUUUCGUCAUGACCAUAGCCCCGUCACGGAGAAUGAACUUCUCAGCAUGCGUGCUUACUUAUGCAAUGAUUGUGCUGGCCAUAUGAGCAGUAGUGUUCAGAACGCAAUCGAAUACAGAGCCAUUGGCGCCCGCCGAAUAUAUGGUAUAGUGGCUGACACAGAACAUCCUCAAAGUACCUACACGCCCGAUAAUGACCCGUCGCGGGCCGUGGAAUUCCGCAACACGGAGGCAUUGACAGGCUGCUCAUGUGCGAACAGGAUGUUUGGAACAUCCCUUUGCAGAUUCCAUAGAUUGCACUAUGCUGAAGAGGCUCUCAAAUUCUCAGCUUUGAUGCAGGAAUGGCGGCUUUCAUGCUUUAAGAAGGCGGUAUGCCCAGGUUGUCUUGCCCGAAAGCCUCUCGAUAGUGUCAAUCUAUCGGCAGAUUCUGGGGGCUUCCUGAACGGCGCGCCCACAGCAUGGGCAUGUGUGAACUGCAACGACUGGGUAGCAAACGAGAAGAACGACGGGACAAACCAGCCAAGUCUCAUCGACAAGAAAUUAUGGAAUUCAAACAUUGGGCGUGAGAUUCUUGGUCCGCGUCAAAAAGCGGUGCAUGCAGGGGUUCGUCAAAUAGAAGAUGUCGAAAUGGGUGGGAUGUAA